AUGCGGGCCGCGGGGCGGCGGCGGGAGGCCGCCCCUCCGCUUCCCUACGCCGGCUUCCCCGCCGGCUGCAGACCCGGGUCUCGGCCCUCCCCCGGCGCCUUCUCCGUCCUCCUGACGGGCGGCCUGGGGCCGGGGCCGGAGGGGGAGAGCCCGCCGCCGAGCUGCAGCGAUUCCACCCUGUCGCUGCUGUCUCCCCUGGGCCGGCAGAGCCCCCGGUUCGACGAGGCCGACGGCGACGGGGAGGACGAGGAAGACGUGGACGGAGACGCACCUGACUCGGCGGCGGCCCCGGCGGCGAGCCCGGGGGCAGCGGAGUGGCCGGGGCGCGCCAGUGCUGAGGUUGAAUCAGAAGAUAACCGAGAAGAACAGAAACAGGUGCGCUUACUGGAAAGCAGCCUGACACCGUGGGAGGUGUGGUUUGUUGGCAAAGAAAAAGAAGAACGUGACCGGCUGCAGCAAAAAGCUCUGGAGGAACUCAAUCAACAACUCGAAAAAAUAAAAGAAAUGGAAGAACGUGAAAAAAGAAAGAUAAUUGCUGAAGAAAAGCACAAGGAGUGGGUUCAGAAAAAGAACAAGCAGAAAAGAAAGGAAAAGGAACAAAAAAUUAAUAAAGAAAUGGAGGAAAAAGCAGCAAAGGAGCUGGAGAAAGAACAUUUGCAAGAAAAAGCAAAAGAAAAAUAUCAAGAAUGGUUGAAGAAAAAAAAUGCUGAAGAAUAUGAGAAGAAGAAGAAAGAAAAGGAGAAAGAAAAACAACGGCAAGCUGAAUUACAGGAGAAGAAGGAAAUUGCAGAAAAAAAGUUUAAGGAAUGGUUGGAAAAUGCAAAAAAUAAACCUCGCCCAGCUGCAAAGAGCUAUGGUUAUGCCAAUGGAAAGCUUACAGGUUUUUACAGUGGAAAUGCCUAUCCAGAGCCAGCCUUUUAUAACCCAGUUCCAUGGAAACCAAUUCACAUGCCCCCUUCCAGAGAAUCUAAGGACCCCUCAUCGAGAAAGAGUAAAAGGCCUAUGAAGAGCCAGCCACACCAGCCCUCCUCUCUGACCAUCUACAAAGCCAGGAGCAACCUUUGCCUGGGAACUCUGUGCAGAGUACAAAGAUAGCACAUGUGGGAACAGCAUGCUUUUACCUGGAGCUAUUUAAUUUUAAAAUUAGAAAUUGUUUCUUACUGCUCAGAAUAUAGACAGGUACCAAUUUUUGCAUUUGUAUAUGGAGUCCUUAGAGUUAAUCGAGGAAGAUAUUUUCUACAUUUUGUUUUGCAUGAACCUUUCAAUAUUGACUUUGGCAUACUGUUUUGCAGGAUAAUUGACUGAAUAUGUGACAAUUGUGUUUGAAUUUAAACUACAUGCUAAUACCAAUAAAGCCAAUUUGUCUUUUUUUUUUUCCCCCA